AUGCUGAUGAUCCUGGGAUUCUUGAUUGUGGGCCCCUAUUCACUCAUUACCACCGUCAUAUCUGCUGACCUUGGAACUCACCAUUCCCUGGCCGGUAACGCCAAAGCUCUAUCGACCGUUGUUGCCAUUAUUGAUGGCACUGGUUCAAUAGGUAUUUAA